CAUAUACACUAUGUUGCCAAAAGUAUUGGGACAUCCAUCUAAUUCAUUAGAUUCAGGUGUUCAUGUCACCUCCCUGGCCACAGACUGCAGACUGUUUCUACAAACAUUUGUGAAAGAACGGGUCUCUCUCAGGAGCUCAGUGAAUUCAAGCGUGGUACCGUGAUAGGUUGCCACCUGUGCAAUAAUUCCAUCCAUGAAAUUUCCUUGCUACUAAAUAUUCCACUGUCAGCUGUUAGUGGUAUUAUAACAAAGUGGAAGCAACUGGGAACAACAGCAACUCAGCAAUGAAGUGGUAGGUCACAUAAAAUAACAGAACGGGGUCAGCGCAUGCUGAAGUCGCCAACUGUCUGCAGAGUCAAUAG